GCAUAUUUUCGGUCUAUUUACACUCCGUUACUUGUGCGCCUCUGAAAUGUGGAAGGAGUUCGAGAAGGGACUACUCAAGUAUUUGCCCGAAUCGGACGCAGAAAUUAUUUGUGUAUUGCGGCGAAAGUAUCUGCGCACCAUCAAAGAAUUCCGCCAGUCAAAACAAUGUAGAACAAUUCUUCGUCAGUGUCUACAGCGUAUUAGCGCACAACCAAAUCGUAUCUACAUGAUUUUGAAUGAACUGAAAUCCACUUUGAAGCUACGGACAACACAUAUCUCUUUGAACAUUUCUCCAAGUAAUGGUAGCUCUUCCACUAAUGGGCAACCCCAAAAAAGCACGUCAACCACCCCUAAACCGACGGUUGCAACAGAUCCCAAAGAAUCAGACGCUUCUGGUUUCGAUUCCACCACUGUGAUCGAUCUCGAUGAUGGUGACGACCUGGUUAUUCUUGAUUUGAACCAUAAUACAACCCCAAAGCCUUCUGUUUCUCCCGUGGCGAAUGUCCGCUCACCCAUUCAACCGAAUUCCGCACCUGAGGGCACCCCAAAUCCUUCUCCGAUGGAAAAUCCUCACAAGAUGCUCGUCCUUCGAUUGGAGAAACUUUUGUCGCGUUUGAACAAGGCAAUACGACAGCUAGAGGAACAGGAACUCGAUUUUGAUGCUCUGGAAUCGCCCAACUCGCCUUACUUGCAGCUGGAUGUAUUAAAGCGCCGUUACUUACAAGUCUGGCACCGGCUGUGUGAUAUUCGAAAAGUGGCUCCCACUUCUGGCCGCAUCGUUAGACGCAAAUUUCAUUUCGCUGGCUCUAAGCAUGCGAACAUCAACAAACGAAUUGAGGAGCUGGUAAACGUCAAGCAUCGAUUCCCGGACUUUACCGACAUUCGCCGCAUUGUUUCUCAAGUGAACAAAGAGGACGGGUUGGGUUUAAGCUCUUCUGCUUUAAGCACCCUCGCCCGCGAACUCUUCAUAGACGUGGGUCAUUUGCUCAAACGUCGGCGCCAGGAUGAUCUUCGGCAUGAUUUCGGAUGCCACCUGACAGAUGAUUUGCGUGAAGAGGAUGAUCCGACGUACUUCGACCCAGCCCUACGGGUACAGUUGGCUCAAAACAAACAGAUAGCUGAGUCGAAUCUGAAUUCGGUGUUCGAUAAAUUUGUGCGGGUUCAAAACGAAUCAGGCUCACAUGUGGAUGAUCAAAAUGUUGAAAGCAGUGAACCUGAAGAACCCAACCUCAGUUCACGUCUAUCCAGUACUGCUUUGGACGCCAAGGGCGUACAGACAGAGCAUAAUGUCAACUGUUUAUCGAGUUCUUCGGAUGAUGAGGCACCCGCGGAAUUGCCCAGUGAAGUUUUAACGUUGAGCUCUGACUCUGAGUAUGACUGCCAUAUUAGCGAGCCGGCAUCUCCAGAUAGAUCACAACAGCCUGCUUCUCCGUGUUUUGUUCCGUCGACGUCUGUUGUCACAACGAUGCCCAGAUCUCCCAACCAUCCGCAUUCUCCUGUCAUUAAUCUAAUUGCUGAUGACACUGAUUCUUUAGUACACACUUCAAAUCCAGUAUCUACCGAUUCCGCUGCUCCUAGACUUUCUGCAGGCUAUAGCUUUGCCUCUGCUUCCUCUCAGCUUAUACCCCCGUUACAGCCGUGUUCGGCUAUGCCUCUCCUCCAAGAGACUCGACAUUCCAGUCGGACAUUCACCGUCACGAGACAGUUCGGUCCCAAUGGUAGCCACACUUUUAUGAGCUCUACUCAGACUGCUACUUCCAACCUGUUCUACCAGCAGGUCGUCGCCGCUCCAUGUUUCGCACCUGUUGAUAUUCCUCCGCACGUACAUUUCAUACCAUCAACCCGUAAUCAAUCCAGACCGUCUCGUGGAAGAUUGGUUCCCGCACCUCGGCUGGACCGGCCACGGCAUUCCCUACUCGAUUCUGUGUUACUAGAUCGCUCAUCUGUUUUCCUCCCCGGUGUUAAUCAACCUCCUCCCGAUUCUGAAACAAUUGUGUUGGACUAAUUUGAUUGUCAGCCUGUCAGUGCAUUCGUCUGCUCAUUCUUUCCACUUCUGAAUGUUAUUUUGUCUAGUGAAGAUUCGGUUUGCUGAGUUCUUGUGAUUUCUGAACCAAGUUACCUUUAGUUCAAAACCGCCAGCUAGUCAUCUGGUUGUCAUCCUAAUGUCUCAGUGCUUGCAGUGUUCUUGGACCUCUGGUUCCAUCAUUUCUUGUCACACUACUGUACAAGCCUAUUCGCAUACCAAUUGCCAUUUAAUGAGCUCCCUCACGAAGCGACAAUUUUGGGCCCUGACUGUCUACUUGUCGGACACAUACAGGCUGAUCCUGUACUUUUUGAACUGGCUUUUUUCCAUCUUAUGCGAAUAGAACUCCAAAUUUUAUUCUUAAUAAUUUAUUAUAUUCUACUCUGUGCCGCAACCUUCCCAUCGGUACACCAGCUCCUGCCGAUAUAUCGUGUAUAUAUAGCACCGCAUCAUCCACCCACCACAUCUGCAGUGUAAACCAGAGAAGAUAAGAUUUGGAGUGAUGCGAAUGUGAGUUGAGAGUGUUUCUAAGUCAGCUAGACACCUUACAUAAACACACCCAUUACCCAGAC